CCCUCUUCUGCAUCAUUCUUUCAUUCAUGCCAAUUUUUUUCUCCUCCUCUCUCCCUAGGUCCUCCAGACUCUGGACCUCACAACUCCCCCCCUCCCUAUAACCAGCCAGGAGGGGAGGGCAAUGGGGUAAUCCCGGGAUAUAAUGACCCCCCACCUCAGCCAUCCACUGGUACUCUUCCCCGGCAAGACCCUCAGGGGUACUUGCAAGAGACCCAGUUCAAUGGUCCUCCCCCUACUCCUCAAGGCUAUGUGGUGCAGACUCACAAUCAAACUGGCACCAUGCCAGUCGGAGGAUACGUACAACAAGGUUCAGGAUACCCAAUGCACCUCCAGCCAUGCACUGCAUAUGUACCCGUAUACCCAGUGGGACAACAGUACCAAGCAGGAACAGUACCACCACAGCCUGGAAUACCCCCUCCUCAAAUUCCACCUGGACUGGCGCUUCUAGAACCGCGACGCCCUCCGCAUGACUAUAUGCCCAUCGCUGUGCUAACCACCAUCUGCUGCUUCUGGCCAACUGGGGUCUUUGCUAUAAUUAAAGCUGUACAGGUGAGAACGGCUCUUGCACGUGGAGACUUGAUGUCUGCAGAGAUCGCCUCUCGAGAAGCCAGGAACUUCUCGUUUAUCAGCCUUGCUGUGGGAAUUGCCGCUAUUGUCCUGUGCACCAUUCUUACAGUGGUGAUCAUCAUCGCAGCUCAACACCAUGAGAAUGAGUGGGGGCCAUAAAAACACUGUAGGGGGGAAAUAGGGGCAAUAUAGAACUGUUACAACCUCUUUGUGCCCUGAUCCCCCUUCAUUCAUCCUUUCAUUAUUUGAAUUUUCUUUAUUUAUUUUUUUAGUUGUUUUUUUUUUUUACAUUUUCUUCUUUAUAAUUUUUUCAGUAUUUUUAUGUAUCUUCUCUUCUUCUGUGUCUUAAU